CGCCGCCUCCUCCCGAGCCUGGCGGCGCGCGCUGUAAAUGGCGGCCUGCGAGGGCCCGACAUGGAUAUCAAGACGGCGGUGUUCAACGCGGCCCGCGACGGCAAACUGCGCCUCAUGCAGCGGCUGCUGAGCAACCGCAGCGCCGAGGAGCUGGAGGCCCUGACGCUCGGCCGCACCAACGGCGGCACGCCGCUGCUCAUCGCCUCGCGCCACGGCCACCUGCCGGUCGUCGACUACCUGGUGGAGCAGUGCCGGGCCGAGGUGGAGCUGGGCGGCUCGGUCAGCUUCGACGGCGAGACCAUCGAGGGGGCCCCGCCGCUGUGGGCGGCCUCGGCGGCCGGGCACCUGGCCGUGGUGCGGAGCCUGCUGCAGCACGGCGCCUCGGUCAACAACACCACGCUGACCAACUCCACCCCCCUGCGGGCCGCCUGCUUCGACGGCCACCUGGAGAUCGUCAAGUACCUGAUCGAGCACCGGGCCGACCUGGAGGUGGCCAACCGGCACGGCCACACCUGCCUGAUGAUCUCCUGCUACAAGGGCCACCGGGACAUCGCCAGGUACCUGUUGGAGAAAGGGGCCGACGUGAAUCGCAAGAGUGUGAAAGGCAACACGGCCCUGCAUGACUGUGCUGAGUCCGGGAGCCUGGACAUCAUGAAGAUGCUGCUCAAGUGCGGGGCUAGGAUGGAAAAGGACGGCUAUGGGAUGACUCCCUUACUGGCCGCUAGCGUCACUGGCCAUGUUAACAUCGUCGAUUUCCUCAUCCACUAUGUGCAGACCAGGAAAGAGGACAGGAUCGACGCACUGGAGUUGCUAGGGGCCACCUUUGUGGACAAGAAGAGAGACUUGUUGGCUGCCAUGAAGUUUUGGAAGAGGGCGAUGGCCAUGAGGCACAAUGAUAAAAGUAGAAUAGUCGAGAAACCACAGGUGGUACAGCUGGUCCUGGCCUACGAUUAUGCCAAGGAGGUCACUACAUCUGAAGAGCUGGAAGCCUUGAUCACGGACCCAGAUGAGAUGAGGAUGCAAGCCUUGCUGAUCAGAGAGCGAAUCCUGGGGCCUUCCCACCCUGACACCUCUUACUACAUCCGUUAUCGGGGUGCAGUCUAUGCCGACUCCGGCAACUUUGAAAGAUGCAUCAAUUUGUGGAAGUACGCUUUGGAUAUGCAGCAGAACAACUUGGACCCACUAAGCCCCUUGACCGCCAGUAGUUUGCUAUCAUUCGCAGAGCUCUUUUCAUUUGUCCUGCAAAACCGCCCAAAAGGCACCCUGGCCAUGAAGGUCUCUUUCAACGAUCUCAUGGGCAUCUUAUGCAAAAGUGUUCGUGAAGUCGAGCGGGCAGUUAGUCAGCGGGAAAACCCACCAGACGUUACACAGUUCACAAAAGCUUUGUCCAUUAUUUUGCACUUGAUCUCUCUGUUAGAAAAGGUGAAAUGCAGCGCUGACCAGGAGCAUUUUAAGAAGCAAACCAUAUACAGGCUCUUGAUUGAACCCAAGGGGAAGUGUGGGUUUACCCCACUCCAUCUAGCUGUCGACAAGGACACAACAUCUGUCGGUCGCUAUCCAGUUUGCAAGUUUCCUUCGUUGCAAGUGACUUCCGUACUGCUGGAGUGCGGGGCUGACGUCGAUUCAAGAGAUUACGAGAACAACACACCCCUCCAUGUUGCGGCCCUCAACAACAAUCUUGAUAUUAUGAACAUGCUUAUCGAGUCAGGGGCCCAUUUCGAUGCUACAAAUUCUUCUGGGAAAACCGCUUGGGACUUGCUGGAUGAGAAGAUGAUGGUGAAGAAUCUGAUUCAGCCCAUCAACCACAUCACCCUUCAGUGCCUUGCCGCUCGAGCCAUUGAGAAACACAAGGUGAUUUACAAAGGACUAAUUCCAGAGGAGCUGGAUGCUUUCAUUCAACUACACUGAAGUGCAAGAACAAGUGUUCACGAAUGCACAUGCAUGCCAAGGGAAUUCUCAUGGGGAAUUAACAACUUGUAAUGACAUAUAAAUAAAUAUGACAGAGACACUAAAUGAGAUUAGAUUCUGCAGUUUCAUCACUCUGCCUUGCCUCCUGAAGGGCUAUGUAAUGUAAUGGGGGCUAAGAUUGAACAAAGUCAGACAAAAUUACAAUUUGUUUUGUGAAAUAUGCGUUGGUUACCGCAUGUAUUGUUUACAGCAUUGGAGCAGGAAUUGAAUAGUGGAUGGGUGGGGAGGAGGGGUUGGGGUAAAAGGAACAAGUUCAGGUAAGGGCCGUUGGUACUGAAUGUAAGAGAAUAAUUAACACUCUGUGGACUUUUUAAAAAAAUCUUGCACUUCCCACAACUUAAGUUUUCUUCCUCCACAUGGCUCCCAGCUUAACAACCCUGUCUGUCUCUGACUCGCAGCAUGUGUCAGAAUGCAUUCAUGAAGUUCAAGAUUUCUGUUCUGUUGCAUUACAAGCACUCAAAUAUGGUGGCCUCUUAUUUUAUAAGCACAAAUAGUCUGUAAGUGAGCACUUCUGCUACUCCAUGUUGGGCUUCACAUGGUUGACAAUGAUGGGUCACUUUAAAGGUCUUUUUCCAUUCAUACCAGACAGAAUUGAUCGAUUUGAGUAAAAUUAGAUUUAAAUUCUCUUUGCUUUUUAUUCCAAGAACCUCACCUUUCAGCACUUUACCGAUCAGCUUGAUGUUUUGAACAAAUGCUUGGGUAACAUCGUCACUUGAUAAAGUUGAGCCUAUUUGAGGAGACAUCUUGUUAAUAUCACAGUGGGUUGGUAUGGGGGAUGGUGAGGCUGGUCGGAGGAGUAAAGAGGUGAAGCCUCCACAUUUAACGUGAAGUUUGGUAUAUAAAUCCCAUUUUGAUACCAUGUUUUGCACUAAUAUUAUUAUAACAGCGGUUAUGUAUGUGCAGAAGUGAUUUAUAAAGAUGUUUUCACCAAAUGUGUUGGAUAAUACUUUUCCUCCCCAACCGAGUUUGUUAGAGGGUAUGUCGGGCUUUGUGUAUUCCUUUCACCAUGGCUGACAGAUGGUGUCCUUGUGUUUAUCUUUGCCUUUCAGAGUCUUUAAGUACCUUUUUCCCCCAGAAACCCUCCACAGAAAUAUCUUUUCUAGGAGUCCAGAAGCAAUUGAUUAAGAAGGUAAUUUGAAAGAGGCUGGUUUGUUGCAGUUUCCCUUCAAUACUGUCACGUCACUUGGGAAAUCGGGUUUCAGUCAGGCCAGUUAUUUUGUUAUUUCAUCUUUGAUUAGAUUCCAUCCCAUUUUUUUAAAAUGUAAAACUUUCAUUGAAAAUUUGGGAGUUGCCUCUUUUGAGGGUUUGACUCACAUGGUCCCUUUUUGAUCGGUUUUCUAUUUUAGUGCAAGAGGACAGAGAGAAUGUUCUGGAGGACAAACAACCGUAUUGUAACAAGAUGAGCCAAUUUGGGUACAGUAUUGGACUGCUAUUCCCUCGCACAUAAAUUGUUUAAUACUCUUUUAUUUUCUCUCCCCCCCCCCCACCUCCUCACACACACACAUCUUUGAAGUCUGUGUUGAAGUCUUGCAAAUAAGUCAAAAGCCAAGAAUAUAUGAACUGUGAAGUAUCUGUAGGAAGCAACAGAGUGGUGUCUGAUCACAGUAAUAUUAUAUGUUGAUUAGGAUGCAGAGUCCUGUAACUAAAAGGUGGCCCAACACAAUAUGUUAACCUGCAAUGCUUAGAUACACAGAUUGGUAGAAUUCUGCUUAAGACAAGUUCUUUCGGAGUGAAUCAUAAAAGGUAAAAAAGUGCUCAGAGUGAGUAUUGCAGCAGUUAUUUUGCUGAAAUGAGGCAUGGUUUAAUCCGUUGACUGCUAAAUGUCAUUUAUGGCUUCCAUUACAAGCACGUUUUCUUUUAGCAGCACUAUAUCUGGCAAAAAAAAUGUAUCUAGUACAUUUUUAACAUGGAAUAUUCUAAGUAUGAUUUUAUAUGCCUGCUGAGCCAUGGAACAUUUCUUAAGCCACAGUAUUCUCUGGAUAAGCAGGGGAAAAAGUAUUUUUAUGGUGUAGAAAUGCAACUGCAGUCCUCAUGGGGUUAAAGGAUGGCAGAGAUUUUAAACCCUGUUGUAAAUAUUGUGGCCAUUCUGGACACUACUUAUGUAUAGAUCUAAUUGUUUUAAUUGCACGACUUUUUCAAAAAAGGUUUCCCCCUGAGUAAUUUACAGCUCAGCUCUGUGUUACUGCAUGUUUGCACAGAAGUUGUAACGACUGAUUUUUUUUCCCUAAAGCUUCAUAAAUUAUUUUGCUUUUAAGACUUUUACAAUUCAGAGUUGAUGCUUGAUUGUCUGACUUGGAGAGUAUUAAACACAACCUUAUUGCUGCAUUGCA